AUGCCUCAAAUCCCAAUGAACUGCCAGAGACCUUACAUCACCCAUAGGGCCAGUGCAUCUCAAAUUUGUCUGACAAGUGAAACUCUUCCACACAGUGGCAUCAACAUGGAGGAGAUAGCAACACAACCCAUCACAUACAUGACCUUACUCACAGAGAAUUUGUCAGCAGUUUGUGCACUCAAGCAGCCCAUGAAUGUCCACUGGCAUAUUCUGGCUCAAGGACAGGCCUCACCCUAUGAGGCAGGCUUGCCAACACUUGAUAGUCAAGAUCAGAUGGUGUUGCAAGUUAGGAUGGAGAGUAUCAUUAACUGUCUUCCUGUGACAGUAGAUGAGUGA